AUGAGUACUGCGGGGCAUUCGGAUCCCAUACCCGUAGGGAGUGGUGUUGGGAGAGAGCAGGAUUUUCACUACAAAUUCACCGUGCAAAAAGGGUUUUUUCAGCAGAGUGAGGAUGAGACGGAUGAUAAGGAUUUUGAUUUUAAAACGUCGAAUUUCGGACUGGUCAAUCGUACGUAUCCCACGGACUCUGAUGAAGACAAAGAGAAGAAGAGUACGCAAUGGCAACGCUUUGAAAAGUACGUCCGCAGUCUCGAAGCUUCCAAGCAAGCCGGCGAAAGCUACAAGGUGCUUUUCCUAGGUCGCCACGGCCAAGGCUGGCAUAACGUUGCGGAAACAAAGUACGGGACUAAAGCCUGGGAUUGCUACUGGUCCGCUCUCGACGGCGCAGACGGCAUCACCUGGGCAGAUGCACAUCUGACUCUUCUCGGCGAAUCCCAAGCAAAAGCCGUGAAUGAACUUUGGUCCGCUCAACUCGCAAACGGGAUUCCGGUUCCAGAAACUUACUACGUUUCUCCUCUUACCCGCACAAUCCAGACCGCCUCCCUCUCCUUCUCCUCUCUCCCCCUCCCCGCUGAACACCCGUACAAACCCCUCGUCAAAGAACUCCUCCGCGAGGCCCUGGGCGUCCACACGUGCGACCGCCGGAGCACGCGCUCGGAAAUUCAUGCAGCACAUCCCGAGCUCACGUUCGAACCGGGCUUUGCCGAGGACGAUGAACUGUGGUUAGCGGACUACCGCGAGCCCACAUCGGCGAGGAACUAUCGACUUGCCGUGUUGCUGGAUGACGUGUUUGAAGGGGAUGACGGGGUUGUGGUGUCCAUGACAAGUCAUUCGGGGGCAAUUGGGAGUUUAUUGGUGGGCUUGGGACAUCGAGAAUUUGCGCUCGAGACGGGGGGCGUGAUACCCGUGUUUGUUAAAGGGGAGAGGGUGCAGGGGAAACGACCGGUUCCGCCAAAGGAACCGAGUGAUGCACCGCCGUUGUGUCCGGAGCCGCCUGUAGAUAUGUAG